AUGUCGAGGAUGAGGAAUCACGGAAAUGAUUAUGUUGCCAAAACAACACCUAUUAAAAUUCGACAACAGGUCUACGAAGCACUCUCUCUACGUGCCUUCAAUUUAGCUGAUGUCGAGCAUCCUUAUAUCACUGAAACCGUGAAUAAACUUGUUAAAGAAGUAAAUAAAUAUCGUAAAAUUUUGGACGAGGAAAGAAAGAAUAAUGUUAGAAAAUCUGCUGAAGAAUUGGUACGUUUUGGCUUUAAAUUGUGGUUUGGAUUACAAGCUCAAGAGCCUACUCCAAAAGUUAAAUUCAACAGGCCAGGAGGUUCAAUUAAGCCCCAUUUAAUGCAAGCUGAAGGUCGUGAUUUAUAUGAUGGCACACAAGCCGAAAGAGAAGUAACUCUAACAAGCAUACCACCUAUACUUCAAAUACAUGUACAAAGAGUGCAAUUCGAUAGAUCAACUUCCAAUGUUUAUAAAUCCAAUGCAUUUCUUCGUUUCGACAAAGUAAUUUAUCUUGAUCGGUAUUUAGAUAAGAAUGGUGACCUGCUGAGACAAAGACGUUUACAAGCAAAUUCUUGGAAAAUGGAAAUAGAUCGAUUACAAACAACACUCAAAGAAAAUUCUCAAGAUAAGACUACUAUGUUAAAUCCGUCAAGUCUACUUAGAACAACAGCUGAUUUUAUAAAAAAUAUGAAAUCUGAUUAUUCUGAAUUUUUAUUUGAUGAAAACGCAGAUUGGCAAUUAUCAGAAAUGGAACAAGAGAGCAUAAGAGUUACCAAUCGAAUUUCUGAUGCUGAAGAUAGUAUAACAACUUUAAGGCAUAAAUUAAAACAACAUUAUCAUGACCUAAAAGAGUGUGAAUACCAUUUACAUGCAGUAUUCAUACAUAGUGGUCAGGCUACAUUUGGUCAUUAUUGGAUAUAUAUUUAUGAUAUUGAAAAAGAUCGAUGGUUAAAAUAUAACGAUUCUUAUGUAACAGAGGUUGAAGAAAGAGAAGUUCUUGCCGACACGACAGGAUCUUCAGCAAAUCCUUAUUGUAUGGUUUAUGUGCGGUCUAAAGGCAAGUUGAAUAUAAAUACAAUUGAUAAAAAAACAAGCCAGGCAGGUGGUGUUUGUGGUUUUCCUCCCGAAAAUUCAGAUUUACGUGGAGGAAGAGCUGGUGGAUUUUUUGAGUCUGACCACAAUAGAAUUUUGUGUGGGGCAGAUAAUAAUAUACCAAAAAAAGAUUACAAUAAAAUUUCCAAUAGAACUACUACUCGAAAUUCAACUUUUGUAAUUUCAAAAUAUCAAGGGAAAAUAGAUAAUAGUGUAAUAAAAUACGGCGUAGCAUUAUAUGCAACUGAAGCUGCAGAACAUAAUAAUGUAAAAUUACCGACACCAGGAAAAAAUGAAAGAGACAAUCCAAAAAUUUCAAAUUUAGUAGAACAAAUUGCAUCAUUAUCUUUAAUCGAAACAUCAGAACUUGUCAAAUCAUUAAAAAUAAAGUUGAACAUUCAAGACGUUGCAUUACCUGCAGUAAAUUUUGCUUCAAUGGCAACAGCUGCACCUACAGAUGCAACAUCUACACCUGAAGAAAAGGCUCCCGAGAAAGCAGAAUUCACAUUAAAAUUAGAAAAAUUUGAUCCUGCUUCUAAAACAAAGAUAAUUCGUGAAAUCAAAAAUAUUAUACCUGGAACAAACCUUGUAGAGGCAAAAAAAUUUGUAGAAAGUGUUCCCAAGGUCAUUAAAGAAAAUGUGAAUAAAGAAGAGGCAGAAAAAAUUAAAAAGACGUUAGAGGGGCUUGGUGCAACUGUUUUAAUGGAAUAA